AGAGUAAACGACUACAGCGCCGUAUGGUGGUCGGUGGUGGUGUUUUGACUCUUCAAGUCUUCAGGUUCUUUCGUUCGUCGAACGCACGUGAACAUGGUUCUGCCGGCGAAGAAAUCCAAAGGUCCGAUCAGGAAGCAGGUCCUUCGGGGGAAGGGACAGAAGAAGAAAGUGUCCCUGAAGUUCACGAUCGACUGCACGCAUCCCGUGGAGGAUAAUAUCAUGGAUGUUGCCAAUUUUGAAAAAUAUUUAAACGAGAAAAUCAAAGUUGGUGGGAAAAUUAAUAACUUUGGCAACACGGUUGUUCUGGAACGUAAUAAGAUGAAGCUCACCAUCAACAGUGACAUAGAUUUCUCCAAGCGGUAUCUCAAGUAUUUGACGAAGAAGUACUUGAAGAAGAACAAGUUGCGCGAUUGGUUGCGAGUAGUGUCGAAGGACAAGGAAACGUAUGAAUUACGAUACUUCCAGAUUAACAGCCAGGAAGACGAAGACGAAGAAGAUGCAGAAUAAUUCUCUUUACUUUUCUAUUACAGAUGCGUCUUCUGUAUAUAUUUCUUUUAAUAAAGAAUAAAACCCGCGAUA